CGAUAGUUCGUGGAAAAUAGACAAGGAAGAGAAAGCAGCGGGAAGAAGACGUAAACGAAAGAAGGAGAGAAGGAAGUGUUCGCUAAACGCAGUGUCUUUUUUUGUCAAGUCGUACUUUGUCCCUCGAGCUGUAACAUUAAAAUGGAGAUGAUUUAGGGGACAUUCAGUCAUGGCUGACAAUCCAGCAGCAGAAAUCCAGCUACUUAGAAGCCAGAAGGCUAAGCUAAUAGAUAUUCUAAGUGGGGAUGCAGACUUUGUCCUGCAGCAUGCAGACUCCCGUUGUCUGCUGUCUCCUAACGGCUACCAGCAGGUGAAAGCCUGCCGUGUUCCUUGUGAGAAGGUGACAGAGCUGCUGGAUCAUAUUAUCCAAAGAGGACCUGAAGCUGUACAGGGUCUGCUGGAACUACUGAAUGAGCCGGCACUACAGGAAACCUUUCCAAUGCUAAGCUUUACUAAAGAUCUGCAUGUCGACAUGCUGUCUUCUGGAAUUCAAGAAACAUCAAGAAAAAGAAAAUCAGCUCCUGAUUUAGAAGACUCUGUUCCAUCCAAACAGAUCAGCAACAACGGCUCCAGCUUGGUGAAGGAGAAGCAGCUGCUGAUCGUGGCACGCACCAUUGGCAGAUCUUGGAAGGUGAUUGGCGGAUUGGCGCUGGACAUCCCCAAUGUGAAGCUGGAACAGAUUGAAGAGGACCACUCGCUGCAUGUAGACAGAGUGUUCGCCAUGCUGCGUCACUGGAGAAACAGUCAGAGGGGGAAAGCCACAGCUUCUCACCUGCACUCGCUGCUCAGUCAGGGAGACUUUGAUCUGCCCCUUGAGAACAUUGACUUCCUGUUGGAGAAUGACUGAAGCCCUUACUUUGUUUUAACAAAAAGGUUUUAUUUCUCUGAAAUGUAUGUUUCUUUUAUAGUUUAUUUUAUAUCAGGGGAAAACUGUUGAAGACUUAAUUGCUGUUUAUUUUUCUCACAGUAACCCUUUAGCAAGAGGCCUCUUGCUCAUGGACAAUUACAAUACUUGUCAUAAAACUGCUUAUCAAUGAUUAUGCAACUUUUAUUAUGAAAAACAAAAAAAAUGAUUUUAUUUUGUAAAAAAAAAAAAAUAUUCAAAUUUGUGUAUGUACUGAAGAGUACAUACAUUCAACAUUGUAGAAAUGUUCACCUUGUGGCAUAUUAAGAUAUAUUUUUUUAAUGGCAAGUUUUCUUUAUCUGAAUAGAAGGUCAAAUGGUUGAAAGUGUUGUUUUAUAUGCUGUAGCCUACAGAUUGUGAAACAUCUAGAGGCAAAUUAACAAUUUGUUAAAUGUAAUAAAACGACUUAGCAACAGUUCUAAUAAUACAAUAACAUGUUCCCCAUUGAUCAUCUUUUUGGGAUGACAUCAACUAGACCAGUAUGAUGUGCCGUAAAUCAUGAGUUGUCUCCUGACUUCUAAACACUGAAUAAAUUCUGCACACCACCAGCGUUCUCUAGGUAUCUUCCCUAAAGUAUGCCAACCAUUACAAGUUAGUCAAUUAAUAAAAAAAUGAAACAAGGUUUAAA